CUCCCUCAACCUUCGACCAAACCCCCGUCAAUCUCUCUAGGGCACGUAGCUACCCUUCUAACUCCCCCUCAAACCCAGAGUUCAAUCAAGCUCGUCCGUUUCACGUCCUCACCGACGAGAAACAAGCCGCACGUCACCCGACAUCAAUUUGUGGACCGACUCCAUCCCAAGCUUAUCAACUUCGACAUCUCUAUCAGUCACCAUGUCUACCGUCGUGGAGAAAGUCGCUGACGCCGCUACCACUGCCGUCAAUGACGUUACCAACGCUCUGGCCAACACCUCUAUCUCUGGCAAGGCUGCCGAUGACAAGUCGGCCAACAACGACGCUGUCCUUGCCAGCGCUGCCGAAGGUCGCCGCCUGUACAUCGGAAACCUGGCUUAUGCGACAACGGAGGGGGAGUUGAAAGAAUUCUUCAAGGGCUACCUUGUCGAGUCUGUUUCCAUCCCGAAGAACCCUCGCACCGACCGCCCGGUCGGUUAUGCCUUCGUCGACUUGUCGACUCCCAGCGAGGCUGAGCGUGCCAUUGCCGAGCUCUCGGGCAAGGAGAUCUUGGAGCGCAAGGUCUCCGUUCAGCUUGCUCGCAAGCCCGAGUCCAACGAGAAGGCCGAGGGUGCCAAUGCUGAGGGUGGUGCCGAAGGUACCCGCCGCCGCCAGUCUGCCCGUGGUCGCGGCCGGGCUGGCCGCGGCCGUGGUGGACGUGCCCGUGGUGGCCGUGCCAGCGGUGACGAAAAGAAGGAAGAGGGUGCCGCGCCUGCUCAGAAUGCGGGUGCUACGGCCGCCGCCGAGCCCGAGGCGCUGAAGGAUGUCACUAACGAGGCUACUGGCGAGAAGGAGGGCAAGCCUAGCAAGGGUCAGGCCCGGCCCCGCGAGCGUCGGGAGCGCGGUCCGCCUGCCGAUGGCAUCCCCUCGAAGACCAAGGUCAUGGUUGCUAACCUCCCGUAUGACCUGACCGAGGAGAAGCUCAAGGAGCUGUUCGAAGCCUACCAGCCCCUGUCCGCCAAGAUUGCCCUGCGCCCGAUUCCCCGCUUCAUGAUUAAGAAGCUACAGGCUCGCGGCGAGCCCCGCAAGGGCCGUGGAUUCGGCUUCGUCACGCUUGCGUCGGAGGAGCUGCAGCAGAAGGCUGUCGCCGAGAUGAACGGCAAGGAGAUUGAGGGCCGCGAGAUCGCUGUCAAGGUUGCCAUCGACAGCCCGGACAAGACGGAUGAUGAUGUCAAGGCUCCCCAGGCGGAGGGCACCAACGGUGGCGCCGAGCAGGCUGAGGCUGCCCCCGCUGCGACCGCCGCCUAGAUGAUGAUGAUGCUCUACUCUUGAUGAGCACGCAGCAUACGUCAAUGGAGAUACGAAUGCACGCGCUUUUUCUAUUCGACACUUUCCCCGUUCGUCUGUAUUACUUUUGGGCGCGUGCAUAUUUUAACGACCGGAAAUGGGUGGAUGACAUCUUUUCUUUUUCGCCAAUGGCUAGACGGGAUUUUUCACGAAAGCGAGAUUGCGCGGCGGGGAUACUUCUGGCGUCCUGGAAUUUGCGCGGGCUUCUAAAAAAAAGGGGUCGCUGCCGGUAGAGUUCCGGGGAUGUUAUCCAUUAUCUGCUGCUUUCUGCGAAGAAAAAUUUCCCUAAUAUUUUUUUCAUGACCUACCUCUUACUUUCGUUUCGUUUCCUGGAGUCGUGGAGAACAUGACGGACGGCCCCUUCGCUCAUUCAUUUCGUUUCGCACCUUAAGGCGUGUACACUACGGUUUUCGCCUGGCUCGGGGGAACGGGUAUAAGAAACGUCUUGAUUCCCUGUGAU